AUGGAUUCUCGGGGGUCACAACUGUUGGACCCAUCCUCUGCGAUGGCUGCAAUCACAAGACACAAAGCGGAAGCGAUCAAACUGGCACGAGAGCAAGGAACGGCGGUCAAAGAGAUGUGUCGUCGUGCAAAGACAGAUGUGCCACCAUAUGAAUUCGAGGAAUUAAUUGGAAAAGGUGCUUAUGGCCGGGUCUACAAAGGUCGACAAAUGCCUUCUGGCCGACUUGUGGCUAUCAAGGUUCUCGACGUCGACAACUUAGAUUACAAGUCUUUGCGCGACUUUCGAGACGAAUCAAUCAAGGACUUUAUUCACGAAACGAAGGUUAUGAAACAAGUCAAGGACUCGGGAGCGAAGAAUAUCAACGAAAUCAUUGAAGCGAUUUCCAUCCAUUCUCAGCUGUGGCUUGUCUGCGAAUACUGUCCAGGUGGUAGUGUCCGAACGCUGAUGCGUGCGACCAAUGAUAAACUUGAGGAGAAAUACAUCAUUCCCAUUGCAAGGGAGCUCGCAGUCGGCUUGCACGCAAUCCACGAGGCGGGAAUUAUUCAUCGCGAUGUCAAAGCCGCAAAUGUUUUGAUUCACGAGGAGGGUCGUCUCGAGAUUUGUGACUUUGGUGUUGCAGGUGUUCUCCAGUCGCAGCGUGAUAAACGAUCCACCUGGAUUGGAACACCGCACUGGAUGCCACCAGAGAUGUUUGCAACUCGUGGAGAAGCACACAAGUACGGCAGCGAGAUCGAUGUGUGGGCGUAUGGAUGCACAUUGUUUGAAUUUGCGACAGGAAAUCCCCCAAACUCCGGCCUCCGUGAGCGUAUGCAAAUCGGACGGCAGCUCAGUCGGAAUACGCCCAAGCUUGACAGUGCUGGUUAUAGUGAGGGAUUGAAAGACCUGAUUGCAUUUGCAUUGGAUUCAAACCCUGCCACUCGUCCAACUAUGGCAGAUAUCUUGGCUCAUCCUUACAUCGCCAACACAGAAGAAGAGUACCCCACAUCAUCUGUGAGCGAGCUCGUGAGAAAUUACUACCAGUGGUCUCAGAGGGGUGGUCAGCGCAUCUCCCUCUUUCAUCCAGGCGGUGCUGCUGCUGCUGAACUUCCCGGGGCGGAAGAGGCAGAGGAUGAUUGGAAUUUCAGCACUACCGAUGGCUUUGAGCGGCGGUUUUCGGUUAUUGAUCUGGACCAAAUCGCAGCCUCGCUCGCAGCUUUAGAGGAAGAGAUCAGCCCUACCACUCCGCUCCCGGAGCACGAUUUUAAUGACGAUGUGUCUGACAUUGACAUGGACCCUGAGCAGAAGGCCAACUUUGAUGAACGGGUCAGGAGAGGUGCUGCAGCCAUGGAGGGACUUUUCGACGAGGAGAAGCCGAGCUACAAAUACGAGACCAAGAACGAUUUUGUGCCAAUACAGCCUCCCCAGCCUGUGUCGGACCUACCCCUUCGUACUGAGACCGAUCGUUCAUCUGUGACAUCAACCUUUAUCGACAUUGAUAUUGGGUCUUUUGACUCGUCCCACUACGCAGCUGGAGCACCAUUGGCGCAGCCAUUCCAACUGGCCAAUGCGGACACUAUCCGAGCCAAUCGGUCGAGCAUUCGAGGCUCUCGCAACUCGAAUGAGAAUAGCUCCCAAUCGUCUAACAGCGAUGCAGAGGGGGACAACCCUCACGAGGAAACCUUUAAGCCAAUCUCCGGACCACGACCCCCGACGAUGGAUUGGAAAUUCCCUGGAUUCAUGAAGCCCGAAGAGGAGGUUGUGAAAGAGUCCUUGAAAGAAAUACCUGAGCCGGAGCCUUCACCGGAUCGAUCUUUCCAGGCCGAAAAACGGGCGACCAUGGAGUGGACUUUCCCCGUCAUGUCGAGUCAAGUCAACGAAUCUAGCUCCAGUACUCAUGACGAGGCUGAGCAACACCAUGAUACUCUACGCGCGCCGACUGCACACCCACCUCCACUUGUUGAAGAGCCAAGCAUAUCGCGCCCCUCUACCUCUGCAUCGCAUACUUCUACCAUGUCCGAUUCUGACUAUGAUCCAUUCCGAUUUGAUCGUCCCACUACUCCUCAGGCCAACCUGCCGCAGCCUGGAAGCUCAUUCGACUCGGGGUUCCCCGUGUUGAAUGAAUCAACCGAUGAUGAAGGGUCGGACUCGGCAGGUUUACUGGAUGGACCUGGGCCGGACGAGGAAGAUGAAAAUCCUCUCUGGGCUGAGAGCAGUGAGAUCCUCUCCCAGAAAAAUGCACCUCCCUUGCCCACCGCCAUUCCCUUGCAUGGAGGUCAAGGGGGCCCUCCGCCGCCUGUUUCCGAGCCAGGAUCACCGAUCUAUGAUGAGCCUUUGCAGACUGCUCGUCGGGAUGUCGGUCGGCUCAGGAAGCCAGAGUUAGGGCUCAUCUCUUUCCCACCCGUGCAUCCUCCAAGCAUGGAAAGCCUGUUGGAAGGGGCCGACGAUGCUACUAUCACAGCCGAGUUGGACCGCUUGCUUGGUGAUUUCCUAGGUGCACUCUCCGCAACGGGCAUGGCUUUGUCGAGAACAAGCCCUGAUAGCCAACAGAAGCCCAGUUCCUUUGCCGAGACGAUUUGA